AUGCCAGGUCUUGUUAUGGCUCGAUCACUCCUCAACCUCGCCGACUUGGUCGCGCUGCCCUUUGGCAAUGCGAUCGAGCACGCGCGCUCAGCAUCCAAGUCCUCCCCGAAGCUCCUUGCACUCUCCAUCCUCGGACUCAUCGACAAGAACCUCAUUGCUCCGGUUGUUAUGGGGAUGGCUGGUGUCGCCCUCCUGAUUCCUCUCAUUCUGCCGACGAUCGGACUGGAGCAAGUCUUGGAUUUGUCUGCUUUCCGGUUUCAGUGGAAACGAGAGAUGGAGGUUCGGGAUGUUGUUGAAUAUGUUGAUCGCGAGGUUCUCAAGGAGGUUGAGAAACCUGUCUACCACGAGGUCGUCAAAUAUGUCGAUCGAGAAGUUGUCCAGUUUGUUGACCGCGAGGCUGUCAAGUACCUCGACCGCGAAGUUGUUAAUUAUGUCGACCGCGAGGUGAUCAAGUACGUUAACCGCGAUGUCAUCAAGGAGGUGGAGAAGUCUGUCCAUUACUACAUCAUCAAGACCGAGAUUGUCGAGAAGUCGGCCACUCGAGCCGAGACCAUUUUUACCGAGACACCGACGCCUGCUUAUGCCAAUGCAGGAGUACAGGUCGACGGCAUGGAGUAUUCAAGUUCCUUCACGCGGAAGGUUGCAAUCACCGAGGGUCUGCCAGUUGAGCGAAAGACAGUAACCAAUGAGGUUUUACCCGUCGCUUCAGUUGAGCAGAACAUGGAUGGACAGCCCAAGAAGAACAACCGCAAGCAUCGUGCCGGUAAGAAGCAGCGGAAACAGAAGACCGCCAGCCUGGUCUCUGCAGAGACCCUCACCAUUACCGCUCCUCCUGUUGACCAGACUUCGACAUCUGCUGCAACAAAGAUUGUGGAAGAGGUUUUGACAACGUACGAGACGCCGAUCAAUGAGAAGAUCUCAUCAGUUUCUCUUGAAGAGGACUCAGGAGUCGCUGCUUCAGCUCCAAGCACCACCGACGCCGACAUCCAAUCCAUCUUCAUUCGCACUACCGCUGCACAGAAUGAGGGAAUGCGUAUCGCACAAGAGGCUCGCGAUCGAACACGCAAGCCUGGCGGUAUACCUCCUCAGAUCGAAAAGGUCAAGGACGAGCGCGAGACUGACCUUCCACCCCACGAGCACGACACCUACAAGGAUCUAGUCUUUCGGACGGUGGCAGAUAUGAAUGCAGCUGAUCAGGAGUACCUGACUAUGCCUCCACCAGGCCGAGGCAGUCCUGCUACUCAACAAGGCUUCGACCGCAAUACUGCCAUACGAGACACAUUUUUCUUCCGUGGCGAGGAAUUGCAGAACCCUCACACCUGGGGGGAGACCCCAAUCAAGCACCUCUUUGUAUCCAUUCCAGUGAAGGGCGUGUGGCUUUACGUAACACCAGAGGCGUCCUACGUCUUCCGCUGGCACGUCGAGAAUUCAGUCUGGUAUUGUGAGGACUACGGCUUUGGAUUCCAUCAGACAGAGCUGAAAGCGAAGACGGAACCGUUAUUUGAAUACUUUUAUGCUGAUCUAACUGUUCCAAAUGAAGACGUAACGGCCAACGGUGCGCGACGCGUCGGAAGCCCUGAAGGCCCGUUUUGGGCUCAGGCUGUUGCGGACUGCGCGGCAGAGGUUAAGAAGCAGAUGAAGGCUGAGCAGAAAUCCCAAGAGGCCGCACAGGAGAUGCAGCAGGAGAUUUAUGAACAGCAAAUCAAGGCCAAACAGUUCAAGCUACAUGUUCACCAACAAGAAGAGCAGAGGCGAGCGGCAUGCCCGGCGCCGCAGAUGCCGAAGCAGUUUGAUCAAGACAACCCUGCCUUCAGAACCGCUCAGCAGAAAUGGAAUGAACAUCGGGCUUCUCGUCAGUCACAACAGACGCCACAGAUGCCGAAGCAGGGCGAUUACGAUGAUGCCCAGUACUGGAACGCUCAGCAGUCUCAACAGAGUACUCCUCCCCAGUCACGACCAAAGGCUCGUACUCGCGCUCGUGCUCCCAAGAUGACGCCACAACAAACUGGCUCGGAGCAUGCUCGCAAGGCAGCCGAGUAG